UAUUUUGAAAACAUCUCUUUGCACUACUACUCGGAUCGCAUGCCGAUCUCGUAACCCAUUACUUAGAGGCCUAUUUUGGAAUUGGUAUUUAUCAAGUGUGACUUGUUUAAUCACAUAAAUAUAGGCCGAAUAGAGCGUAUAGGUUGCAUAACAUCGACAUGGAUCGUAUACUGAGGUUACGAUCCCCUACUGACUACAGUCAAGAUUAUAAGAAACGGGGUAUUUCUGUCGACAAAAGACUUCUUCGAGCUCACCGCCGCACAAUUGACCAGAGAGCACAGCGGGAUAAGUCUUAUAUGUGCCGCCGUGGAGAAACUUAUUCACCACCAAAGAGAGCAAACAGUAGUACUACUAGGCCUAGCAGUAAAACGGUUCAAAGUAAAAUAACCGAGGUUCCAUUGAAGGAGCGUGGUUCAACUAAUAAACAAACUGAUAAAAAGAAAAAUGCACCCAAUAGCCGUGAAGAGAAACUGAAAAAAUGGAAAGAAGAAAAAUUGUUGAAGGAAAAGCUUAAGAGAAAUGGGAAAGAAAACAAACUUUUUAAAGUUUGUAAAGUGAAAUAUGAUAAUCCAGAAUUUCUAAAUGUGUUGUCCAAGUCAUCUCAUGAUCAGAAGCAUAAUAGAAAACCGGCGACACAGACCAACAACAAAAAGGUUGAAGUUGAAAAAAAGCAAAUGAAGCAAACAAAAUGCAGGGUUUUGACUACAAAAGGUUCCAGACAAUCUGCACGUAUCGCAGCAAAGAAACUUACAGAAGACUCUAUGGUUCAUACAUUGCCAGAUUCUUCUUUUGCUCCAAAGAACUUUAUAUUCAGUGCUCCUGGUAAUGUAUCUACAAUGCAGUUUGUUCCCAUGAGCCCUUGCAGUGUCCAGAGCUUUUUCUGUCCUAAUUCAAAGUUUAAUAGCACUGAAGAGUCAAGUAGAAGAUGCUCUACUCCACUAUCUGCUAAGCAUAGUCGACCUCUAGUACAAGCAUUGGAUAUUUCGAUGAUACCUAACAACCUACCAGGGAAUGUGAAGCAAGGCCCACCAGACAACAUUCUAGCUCCAGUUUUUAAGUUAACUGAUAGCAUUACAACAAGGUUAAGGAGUUCACAUAAUGACAGGAGUGCAGUCACUGAGUUUCCUAAGGAUCGUCCAAUGUCAGUUGAAGUUAUCAAUACACCUACAAAGAAAGAAUGCAAACAGAACUGCACACAGGGAAGCAACUCUGGAAUUGUAACUUCUAAUGAAAUCCUAGUGGAGCAGAUGUCUAAAGAGGAGGAUAAUGUCCAUGUUCCUUCAGAGGCAAUACCAGAGUCCAAGCCAGUUGAGUGUCCAAUGUCAGUUGCAAUUCCCAACAUACCUGCAGAAGAACAACAGAGGCAGAACUGCAUGCAGGAAAACAACUCUGUCAAUGUUACAUCUAAUGACAUUAUUAUGGAAGAGAUAUCAAAAGAUAAACAAAAUGUCCAUGUUACUUCAGAGGAAACUACAGAGGCAGUUUCAGGGGCAUCCUUAGAAGCCAAACCAGAACUAAGUGUUGCUUACUUUCGUUCCUUACUCAAACGUCACACAGACAGGUUGCAAGAAGUUUGUGAUAAGUGGGAGACUGAACUCCAAAUAGAUAGCCUGUUAGGGGAAGAGGUUAUGGGUGAUAUCAGAACAUCGAUUGGUAAGGCCCAGUUGUUGAUAGCACAGAGGUUUAAGCAAUUUAAUGGUUUGAUUGACAACUGUGAGUUCGAUACUGGUUUAAAGGAGACGAGUUGUACAGAUUUGCAAGGUUUUUGGGAAAUGGUGUACAUACAGAUAGUAAAAAAAAUUCUAAAGAAAAAAAAAGUUGGUGUUGCAAAAUGUACCACAGCUGCAUCAGAAGCGGCCAAGCACAGGCUUGCCGCAAUCAAAGCAGCAAUGAAAAAGAAGCAGAAACAACAGGAGGAGGAGAAAGUAGUAUUUGAAGGAGGGUUUUUUAAGGUAGAGAGCCCAAUGAAAGUCAACAAACAACCACAUUGCCAGGGUGGAACUCCAUUGCGAAAAGUGAUGCAGAGAAGCUUGAUCACCUCGCCUGCUAAUGUCAGUAAUGGUAGUGUGUGUGGUGAACGACCACACGGUCUUCAAGACACCUCACAAGACAGAACAGCCUCACCGUAUGCCUUUAGGACACCCAGAAGGAGUGUCAGGACCCCCACCGCAAGGACCCCAGCAUCCAGAACAAGGUCCUCGGCAAAAAAAAUAAAAGAUCAGUCUUCACUGAUGAUGAAUACCCCAGUAUCCAGUUCAAAGUCACCAAUUAAAACCAUGGAACGAAAUAAUUCGUUUUCAAUGUUUCUACAACGCUCGAUGAAUGUAGUUGAUCUGAAUAAUCAAGCUGAAGAACUAAUGGUGACAGAACCUCUCCAACAGUUGAAUGCUCUCAAAAGAACUCCACUUAGUCUAAACAGAACCAGAGGAAAAACCCCAAAUAGUUAUUCAGCUAAGAAGAGCUCAUCAAAGAAUGAUAUUAAGAAGUUAGAUUUCAUCAACAACUUUGAAAGUCCUCUUCAGUUAAAAACUUCAAAUGAUCCUCUUUCAAGUGGUGUUUCAACAACAGAAGACCUUAUUUGUUUUGAUUCUCCAACACCUGAAAAUGGUGAAAAUGUAGAGUAUGGUCUGGUGGAACGUUUAGCUGCCAUUAGUCUUCCUAACAAAGAAGUCAUCUUUUCACCGGUACGACGCUCUGCUCGAUUUCACCGUCCUGAGUCUGAUGAUUCUGAUCUGCAGCCGCAACCUCUAGACAAAAUUUUGUUUUUCCCUCUGAAAGAAAUUUAACCAGUGUUCACCGUCAGAGAUUUAACAUCAUGAUUUGCAUGAUUGUAGAAAACUAAAGUCGUGGAAUAUAAAUUUGACUUUUAUGCCAUGUGGACAUACAGUAGAAUAGAGAGAGAAAUCCAAGAUAAAUGGAAAGAAGCUAAUGUGUAUAUUCUGAAAACAUUUGUAAUAGACAGUUUUACAUUUUUCAUAUUCCAAAUAGUAGAGCAAUCAAGAAAUAUGUUGGUUUUAGAAAAUUCCUGGGAUGGGUAAAACACAAAUCCUAAGGCUCUGUCAAGUUUUAUAUACAGUAACAAACAUAUAUAGGCAUGAUAUUUGUCUCAGAAAAUGUUACAGUGUGGACAAAGCUAAAUAGGAUCUAUAAUGAAAUAAAUAGAAUAGAAAAUCUUCAUAUUAUGUUUAAUGUAGUUUCAAAUAAUAAUAUUUAGUGUUCCUUAAAAGAAUUCAUAUACAGUAUACCAGUACAUACUGUACAAAUACUGUACUGUACACCUAUCAUUAUGAAAAAGUUAUAUAAUCAUUAAGAAAUAUAAUUAUAAAUUAGUCAUGAGAUAUAUUGCAUGUGCCAUUAUUAGCCAUCAUAUGAUAAACCAAGGAUCUGAUACAUAAUGAUUUGAUACCCUGUUGAUUAUCCUUAAUGAGAAUUGUAGUAAGUACUGUACAGGUAGUAAGUUCUCCACUGUUUUAUUUUCAUCUCAGUAAUUUGGAUUUCUACAAUACUUCAGUAUUUUACAUUUUUCUAUCUGAUUAAAGGUUUGUGUACAACACUUGACAUUUAUCAA